GCUUCAUGUUAAAUAUCUCAUCCAGACAAAUGGCACCUCACAGCUCGUCUGUGUAGAGCUGACAGUCCUGAAAAAACAUUGUUCUGUCGACGUUUUUUUGGUGUGACGCAGAAGAGAAGACGAGGAGUUCAUUUCCACCACCCACAUCCAGGACUUCAAGCCAGACUCCAGCUCAUCUCUCCCAGGCCUCACCAUGUCCAUCGACCCGGCGGCUGACCUGCCUUUCUACUACGGCAGCAUCAGUCGCUCGGAUGCGGAGCAGCACCUGAAGCUGGCCGGGAUGGCUGACGGUAUCUUCUUGCUACGACAAUGUCUCCGCAGUCUGGGAGGCUACGUCCUGUCUGUCGUGUGGAACCUGGAGUUUCACCAUUACCCCAUAGAGAAACAGCUUAAUGGAACUUACUGCCUCACAGGAGGGAAGCCUCACUGUGGGCCUGCAGAGCUCUGUGAGUUUUACAGCAAAGACCCUGACGGGCUGGUGUGCACCCUGAGGAAACCCUGUCUGCGCUCCCCGGACACGCCGGUACGUCCCGGCGUGUUCGACAGCCUGAGAGAAAACAUGCUGAGGGAGUACGUGAAGCAGACCUGGAACCUGGAGGGAGAGGCCAUGGAGCAGGCCAUCAUCAGUCAAGCUCCUCAGCUGGAGAAACUGAUCGCCACCACGGCCCACGAAAAGAUGCCUUGGUAUCAUGCUAAAAUCACCCGUCAGGAAGGUGAGAGGCGGCUUUACUCUGGAGCACAACCGGAUGGCAAGUUUCUAAUAAGAGACAGAGAGGAGACAGGUACUUACGCUCUCUCCAUGAUGUAUGGGAAAACAGUGUACCACUACCAGAUCCUCCAAGACAAAUCAGGGAAAUACUCCAUGCCCGAGGGAACAAAGUUUGACACAAUCUGGCAGCUGGUUGAGUACCUGAAGAUGAAAGCUGAUGGUCUGUUGACUAAACUCGGGGAGGCGUGUGUUAAUGGAAAAGCUACUGAAAAGACACCCAGUCUCCCUGGAACGAGGGGGAAGAGACAAAAUGGAUACACACCGCCACCUCGAGUUGUUGCAGCAGUCUCGAUGCCGGCAGCCGCUGAGGCGGAACACCGUGAUGUGCUGCCGAUGGACACCGAUGUAUUCAACCCAUACCACAACCCCAAUGAAGUGAGGAAGUUUAACAUCCAGAGGACUCAGCUGUUGAUUGAUGAAGUGGAGCUCGGCUCUGGGAACUUUGGCAGCGUCAAGAAAGGAGUCCUCAAGACUGAUUCGGGCCAAAUCGACGUGGCCAUAAAAGUGCUGAAGAGUGACAACGAGAAGCUGGUGAAGGAGGAGAUGAUGAGGGAGGCAGAGAUCAUGCACCAGCUGAGCAACCCCUUCAUCGUCCGCAUGCUGGGUCUGUGCAAUGCUGAGAAUCUGAUGCUGGUCAUGGAGAUGGCUUCUGCUGGACCUCUCAAUAAGUUCCUCUCCUCCAAUAAGGAUACUGUAAGCGUGGAGAACAUUGUCAACCUGAUGCACCAGGUGUCGAUGGGAAUGAAGUAUCUGGAGGAGAAGAACUUUGUGCACAGAGAUUUGGCAGCUCGUAAUGUCCUGCUGGUCAACCAACAGUUCGCCAAAAUCAGUGACUUUGGGCUCUCCAAGGCACUGGGAGCAGAUGACAGCUAUUACAAGGCUCGUACUGCAGGUAAAUGGCCUCUGAAGUGGUAUGCUCCAGAAUGUAUAAACUUCCACAAAUUCUCCAGUAAAAGUGAUGUGUGGAGUUUUGGUAUCACCAUGUGGGAAGCCUUUUCCUACGGAGGGAAACCUUACAAGAAAAUGAAGGGACCAGACGUGAUGCGAUUCAUUGACAGUGGGAGCCGCAUGGAUUGUCCAGCAGCAUGUCCAGAGCGAAUGUAUGCAGUGAUGAAAGAAUGCUGGACAUACAAGCAUGAGGAGCGUCCUGACUUCAAGAAGGUUGAGGAGUCCAUGAGGUCUUACCAUUACUCCAUAUCGAACAAGGCCAAGCCUGAGGGAGCUGAAGCAGCUGCAGCUGCUCCCGCUGCCGCCGCCGCCGAGCCUAUCAAGUAGACAGAAACAAGGCACAUUCUGUCCCAGUGCUGCACAAAGCAUCCUUUCAACUGGCCAUUAAACAACCAAAACAAAGAGCUUCUUAUGAACAGUGCGCACUGACCAGCUUCAACUACAGUGCCCAUACAACUAAAAAGGCCACAGUGACAAUAAAUGUGCAUUUGUAUUUCAGUGUGUGUUGGCCAUGUAAGGAGAAUCUCUGUCUGUCUGUCUGUCUGUCUGUCUGUCAUUGUCAUUGAAUGUUAAGCGCUGACAUCUUUGUAUUGACGAACAAACUAAUUUUAUAUCCUGAUAUUUUGGAGUAUACUGGUAGUAUAUAGUACAUGUUGUUAACAUGCUGUUUUUCACAGUAUCUGCUGCCUCCUCAUUACUUCAUUGUUCUCAUUUUUAUGCCAAAUAAACUAUAAGUAGAAAGAAAGUAA